CUGACUAACAAUCUUUACAUCUACUUACACAAAAAAAUCUUCCAAAUAAACUUGAAGCAGGCAACACCAAGAACAUUAUUGAAGAGAUGAAUAUUGCGGAUGAAAUCCUUGCGAAGGAAUUGACUAAAUUUGAUAUUCAAGAAAUUCCUCCUCAGAAAGAUGUUGGAGUGCAGUGUGAAUCUAACAAUUAUCCCCUUGCAACUGAUCUCCCUUUGGUUAGUUUUGAAUGGUACAAUCAAUCAAAAUGGAUUUCUAAAUCGUUCAUACUCGAAUCAGGAUGUUAUUUGAGACUUAAUGAUGUUAAGAAUGCAUUCAAGAUGAAUGAAGUUGAAAUUUACAUCGGUAACAAGUGGGUGUACCUUACUGAGGAUAAUGGUGGCUUUGUUAAGAUAAAAUUCAAACCCGGAUCUAAAUAUGCUUUGAUAGCUUCUCAUGGUGAUAUGUGAUGCCCUGCAGACAUUCUCCAAAAUUAUUAAAUGAAUAUUGAAGCAGCAAUAAACUAAAAUAAUAUAUUAUACAUAAAAUUUAUUUAAACCACUUAAAUUAUAUUUACCGAAUUGACUUUUAACAAUCGGUGUGUUAGAUCUCUAUCUGUAAGUUCCUCUCGGAAAUGUUCUUGAUACAUAUAAAUACUAGGCCUAUGAAACAACACUAGCACAAACAUAACACAUGAAUUUACAAAUUCAUACAUACUGAGACUUUUAUAUCGCAAUGUAUGGCAAUUCAUUACCACAAUGCACACCCAAUCGUAGAUAUAUUUAGAAUCGUAAAAUAUUUACAUAAUAUAGGCCUAUACAGUGCUGUGGCGGAUCCAGAAAUUUAAAUAGAGGGAACCCGGAAGGACAUUCACGGAUGCGACCGGUGACCAGACCAGUAAGAAAAUUUAUGAUUAUGGCACAUCCAGAUGGCCGGAAAUGUACUCUCAGACCUAAAUGUUAUAAUUUUCCUUUUUUCUCAACUUUAUUUUUCUAAUUUUGACAAAUUUAGUGGGGCCCGGGCCGGCUCGCCUCCUUUGAAUCCGCCACUGCAGUUGUGUAAUGGGCCUACCUUUCAGCUCUCACGGAUUAAAGCAAGCAAUUCAUAAUUCUUACUGGACCCCGGGAUAGUAAUUGAAAUUUAUUGUCACAGGGGACGGCUCAUGGUCCCUGUGGAAAUAAAAAUCGGCCAUGCAGGGCCCUGCAGAAAAACGUUAAAAUAAACUGAAAUAGUACGUGAUGCUAGCUGGAUCCCUACCCCACAUUGUAUUAGGGAUAGAAUAAGUACACAUUGUGUACGACAAAGACAUAGAAUAGGCCUAUAUUCAAUUUGAACAACAAUAUUUAAUCAUUUUCAUCUUCUAUUUUAUUUUGUUAAGGGAUACAUUGUUUUCCCCUCGUCAUUGAAGAUAAAAUAUAUUAUGCAACAAUAUGAGCAGCGAUCGUAUCCUUAAAUUAAGAGUGAACAUUGACUACGAUACUGUUUUCAUGAUACAUUUGUACUGAAUUCAAUUGUGACCUAAUAAAAAGAAGAGAUACAACGUGUAGCACUAAAACAAAGCGGCUUUUCGCGAGGUGGUGGAAGCAUAAUAUCAAAAAUCAAAUUUCAUAGGGCAUCUACCAAACAAGUAAAGGACAUUGUUUUAAACAAUUAUUUUAGACAUGAGCCUUCACCAGCUCAAGCUAGCUUCUUGAGAUUAAUUUUUUUUUUUUCCAAAGCCAAUCAGGCACAUAUGUUUUAUAUUUUCUGUCUUGGCUAUCAGGGGCAUACUAUGGUCAAGCCAGUAAAUAUAGCAAUAUGACUCGUGUGAAAGAUGUGUUUCAAAUCUGGAGAAGUACUGACAAUAUUAGAAACUGUUAGGAUUUUGUACUAUUUUCAACAAAUAAAUAUAUUAAGCAACAUUAAAAUUGUC